ACAUUUUUUUUACAGCUGAGCUUUAAUAUAAUUUUUAUGAAAUUAUGAAUUUUAUUAAAUUCAGAUCUAUAAUAUUUGCCCAAAUUAGGCAUAAGCAUUUAACUUUGAAUGUUAAAGAAGGUGUUGGAGUUAUCAAAUUUGAUUCUCCAGGGACAAGAGUCAAUACAUUAUCGAAAGAACUUAUGGGAGAGUUUAAUGAUAUUAUCACUAAAUUCAACAACUCAGAAGAGAUAAAAGCUGGUGUUAUUAUAUCAGGAAAGCCAGAUAAUUUCAUAGCUGGAGCAGAUAUUGGUAUGAUAGCAGAAUGUAAAACACAAAAAGCAGCCCAAGAAUUAUGCCAAUCUGGCCAAGAAAUGAUUAAUAAAAUUGCUAAGAGUAAAAAACCUAUAGUUGCUGCCAUAAUGGGAUCAUGUUUAGGUGGAGGAAAUGAAUUAGCAUUAGCAUGCCAUUAUAGAAUAGCUGUGAAGGAAAAGUCUACUUUAGGGCAACCUGAAGUUAUGAUUGGUUUGCUACCAGCAGCUGGAGCCUGUGUUAGAUUAACAAAAUUGAUUCCAUUCCCAAAAGCUAUGGAUAUGCUACUGACUGGCAGGUCUGUCACAGCUCAACAAGCUAAAAAAUUAAGACUGGUGGAUUUACUUGUUGAUCCUCUUGGGCCCGGUAUAAAAUCUCCAAACGACAGAACGAUGGAAUAUCUGGAAGAAAUUGCUAUUAAAGCUGCUAAAGAUUUGGUCACUCAAAAAACCCCACAAAAAAGAAAUUUAUCCCUCAUCGAAAAACUAACAAAUAUGGGUCUCAAAAAUGCCUUUUUAAGGAAAUUGAUUUUCAAUCAGAUGAAGGAUAAAGUGCUGAAACAAACCAAAGGCCACUAUCCCGCCCCCUUGUCAGUCUUAGAAGUCGUUCAAACGGUCAUAGAGCACGGGGACGAAGCAGGAUUUUUGGCGGAGGCGCAAGCAUUCGGUAAAAUGGCUAUGACAUCCCAGUGCAAAUCCCUCAUAGGACUUUACAACGGACAAGUGGCUUGCAAGAAAAAUUUAUAUGGUACCCCUAAACACCAAAUUAAGAAUGUAGGUGUUAUAGGAUCUGGUCUCAUGGGGGCUGGGAUUGCUCAGGUUACUUUACUCAAAAAGGUUUACAACGUUACGCUUAAAGAUGUGAGUACCGAGGCGCUUUUCAAAGGAUGGCAACAGAUAUCGAAAUCCCUCAAGACUUCUGUCAAAAAGAAGAAAAUUAGCGAAUUUGAAAAGGAUAAAAUGCUAAGCACUCUCAAAAGUACGGUUAGUUACCAAGACCUCAAAAAUAGCGAUAUAGUCAUAGAGGCCGUUUUCGAAGACCUAAACCUCAAACAUAGGGUCUUGAAGGAUCUUGAGCAAAUUGUUCCCGAACAUUGUAUAAUCGCGACAAACACAUCCGCCCUACCUAUCCACAAAAUCGCGAGCGUUAGCAAAAGACCUGAUAAAGUGAUUGGCAUGCAUUAUUUCUCUCCCGUCGACAAAAUGAUGUUGUUGGAAAUCAUAACGACCGAUAAAACUUCCAAAGAUACGAUUGCGAGUGCUAUUAACUUAGGUCUCAAACAAGGCAAGAUAGUCAUAACGGUAAGAGACGGUCCCGGUUUUUACACGACUCGUAUUCUCACGGCCUCGUUAAUGGAGAUGCUCAAAUUACUUAGUGAGGGAGUGGAUCCUAUACGACUCGACGAUGUAUCCAAAAAAUUUGGCUAUCCUUUGGGUGCUGUUUCUCUCACCGACGAAGUAGGCAUAGAUGUAGCAUCUCAUAUAACCAAGGACCUCAGAGAACCAUUGGGUGUUAGGUUCAGCGGUAAAGAUAAGCUCGAAAACAUGUUGGAAGAUUUGGUUAAUGCCGGAUUUUUGGGGCGUAAAUCGGGAAAAGGAAUUUAUAUCUAUGAGGAAAAUAGAGUGUCCGGAUCUAAAAGACCCCUUAACCAAGAGGCUCUUAAAAUCAUCGCCAAAUACCAAACCUCUCCCGCGAAAAACAUAAGUGACGAUGAUAUUCAAUGGAGGAUGGCUUGCAGAUUUAUCAACGAAGCUGUGUUAUGUUUGCAAGAAAAUAUUUUGAAAACACCGAUCGAAGGCGAUAUUGGUGCUGUGUUUGGUUUAGGAUUUCCACCGUUCUUAGGAGGUCCUUUCCAUUACGUCGAUGCGAUCGGUGCCGAUACCCUGGUCGACAGAAUGAAAGCUUAUGCCGACAUUUACGGGGAAACUUUCAAGCCUUGCCAAUUGCUAUUGGAUCAUGCAUCAGACACCUCUAAAACUUUUAGAAAAAUAUGACGAAAAUAAUAAAAAAAUCAAAAUAAAAUAUUUUUUAAAGGAGUCAGUCACUCAAUAUUUUUUUGAUAUUUAACAAGAAUUUUUAUUUAAAAAAGACAAGAUUAGGAUAUCAAACAUAAAUUGAUUCGACGUAAAUAAAAGUGACAUUUUAUCAUUUUCGCGUUAAUUCUCUUGACAAAUAUUUUAUG